AUGAUGGACUUCUGGGAUCAAGACUAUUUCAGAGUUGUCAAGAUAACAACAUGUUUGGUUGGACAAUGGCCUUAUCAGUCUUCGAAAGAGGUCAUUUUUUCUCGUUCAAUAAUAAUCAUUCUAGUUAUUAUUCAUCUGAUACCGAGGAUUAGAGCCCUGAUCCUGUACGGUGAUGACCCUGAGAUUAUUCUCAGCGUUAGCAGUCCUCUUAUAAUUGACAUAGUAUUUGUCUUCAAAACUGUCAACAAUUCGUAUAAUUUUAAACGGAUGAAAAAUCUAUUGAGGAAAAUUUACGAGAAUUGGAGAAUAUUCUCGACGGAUGAAUUACAAAUAUUACAUCAGUACUCCGCAUCAGGAAAGAAAUCAGCAACGAUAUAUCUAGGAGUCGUAAUCGGUAGUGCUGGUUUAUUCAUAACUCAGCCACUGCAACUGCAACUUGUGCACAUACUCAUGAAAACAAACGAAACGAUACGACUAUUUCCCGUGCCAGUGGACUACGGUUCAAUAAAUGUGGACAAAUAUUACUGGAGUAUUACGCUAUUGACAGAAUUCACAACAGUACUCAUUGCCCUUGGAAUCGUUGCUUGUGAUCUGUUAUUCUUCACGUACUCGUAUCACGUCUUUGGAUUGUUUGCAACACUGGGAUACACCAUCGAACAUCUACCGAUUGACAAUGAUAAUGGAUUUAGCGAUGAAAUGCACGUCAAACGUUGCAUUAAAUUGCAUUAUCGGAUCAUAGAAUUUGCCAAUGAGCUUGAGGACCUCUAUAGAUGGACAUUUCUCGCUGUUAUAGGCUUUAAUAUGAUUUUAAUCAGUAUAAUUGCUGUAGAGCUCGUAGUCAAUUUGGGAUCUGCUGGAAAAAUGAUUCAGUAUGGUUCGCUAACUGUUUCACCAUUUGGACAUCUUUUUGUGGAGUGUCUAAUGGGGCAGCGUCUGAUAGAUCAUAGUCUUGGUAUACAAGAAUAUAUAUCAAAUGCACAAUGGUGCGACAGCUCAGUCAAAUCCCAAAAGAUGAUAAACUUGUUCCUCAUGAGGAGCCAACUCCCGUGUCAGCUGACAGCUGGGAAAUUAUUGGUCAUGAAUUUUGAGACCUUCAACACGAUCGUCCGAACUUCCGCUUCAUACUUCACAGUUCUCCUAGCUACGCAAUAAAGAUGAGUUUACGUGAUUUUUAUAAUUGUC